GCCCACCGGUGUAGGUGGAGCUGAGUGGAGGUGGGGUCACUGCUCUCCUGUGUGUGGAUGGGAGCUGUGCCGAAACAAAGAGGUGCAUGGAGCUGACAAAACCACAACUUCACUAAGAGUGGAUUUUGACAAGCCUUUGGCCCCCCAACAUGCUCCCAGAUAUUCUCUAUCAUGGCUUCCUUCCCACUGUGCUGCUGCUUUUUCAAGUUCAGCAGGGUGCCUCCAUGCUGGAGAUCCACAGUAGCAAUGAGAACAUAAUGAAGAUCAGCUCAGCAGCAGAGAUGAUGCAGUGCUCAGCAGCCUUGGACAUCCUCUUCCUCAUGGAUGGUUCCUACAGUGUGGGAAAAGGAAGCUUUGAAAGGUCCAAACAUUACGCCAUCAAAGUCUGUGAAGAGUUUGACAUUGGACUGGACAAGGUGCGUGUUGGAUUCAUCCAGUUUGGUUCAGUUCCUCGGUUGGAGUUGCCGUUGAAUUCAUACACCACCAAACACGAGCUGUUGAUGCGGGUGAAGAAGAUUUCUUACAGGGGCGGCGGCACCCAGACCGGCCUGGCUUUGAAGUACGUGCUCAGGAAAGGCUUCCCAGGCGGCCGCAACUCCUCCGCCGUGGCCCGCGUCGCCAUCCUUUUAUCAGAUGGGAUGUCACAGGGCAACACCGAACAAGCUGCUACGCAGCUCAGAGAGGAAGGCGUUGUCUUAUUUGCUGUCGGCGUGCGCUACCCGAGGUGGGAGGAGCUUCAUGCCCUAGCCAGCAAACCGAUGGAGAGCCACGUUUUCUUUGCUGAGCACUUCCAUGAUGCUGUCAAUGGCUUGUUCACAACACUCACCACCACUUCUCUAUGCAAGGCCACUCCUGCAGGCUGUCAGGUGGAGGCGUUCCCCUGCACAAGAAAGACACUGGAGACAGUGAAGGAACUGCAGGGGAAUUUCAUGUGUUGGAAAGGCUCCAGAGGGUAUUCCCCGUACACGGCUCUCUGCCCAUACUACAGGCACAAAAAGGCCUACAAGAGGCAUGGGACCAUCUGCCAUCGGACCAUCUGUCCUGACCCCUGUGAUUCACAACCGUGUCUGAACGGAGGAACGUGUGUCCCAGAAAAUACAGACAGCUACAUUUGUGUGUGUCCACCUGGCUAUGGAGGAGACCCUCAUUGUGCUCCUGCUUUUUCACUAGAUUGUUCAGUGGACUUGCUUUUCCUGGUGGAGGGCUCCGACGCACUCACCUUGGAAGGCUUCCUGCGCCUCAAGGCCUUCUUAAAGCGCUUCCUGCAGAACGUCAUCGGCCCCAACACACCCAGCAAAGUCGGCCUGGCGGUGUUCGGCGGAGACGCUCGCGUCACGUCGCGGGUGGGCAAAUUCAAAGGGGAUCUGAAGGGUCUGCUUAAGGCCGUUGACGCUGUGGAGUUCGUGGGAGGCGAGACCAAAACAGGCCAGGCGCUUCGAUACAUCACGUUUAACGGCUUUGUGAACGCGCCGGUGUUCGCCGAUGUCAGUGACGACCUCCCGCGAGUGGUGGUAGUGCUCACCGGCACACCUUCUGCGGAUGAGGUGCUGGAGCCAUCCAAGUACGCACGGGAUCAAGAAGUAUUCAUCAUAGCGAUGGGACCGGAAAGCUUGAAGGGACAGCUCGAUAACAUGACAGGAAACCCUCAAAGGACUCUCACUUACAGGUCUCCUGACAAGCUGGGUGCCAAAAUCCCUGAACUCAAGGCCAAGAUAUGCAGUGUUGAUACACAAGGUUGCCUUGGCCAAGCUGUUGACUUGGUCUUCGCCUUGGACGCCUCAGGUGGCGUCAGCCUCAACAACUUUGUUGUCCUGCGCGACUUUGUGCGCCGCCUCACUGUCCAAUUCGACAUCAACCGUGAUGUAACCCAGGUGGCGCUGGUCAUCUACGGCAGGAAAGCCACCACAGUCUUCAACCUCGAUACCCACGAGACGGGCUCUGCCAUCUUAAAGGCAGCUGGUGAGGCUAACUACAUUGGCGGGGUGGCAUCGACGGGCACCGCCCUCCUCCACGUGUACGCGGACGUUCUCACGGCGGCCAGAGGCGCACGGCCCGGGGUCAACAAGGCUGUGGUAGUGGUGACGGAUGGUUCAGGCAGCAACGACGCUCUUGUGCCGGCAGAGAAGUUGCGACACAACGGAGUGUCGCUGUUUGUCAUCGGCAUCGGGGACGUGCAGAGGGACAGCCUGCUGCAGAUGGUCAGUUUUGAGGAGCACUUGAUCUCAGUGCCGUCUUACGAGGACCUCAAGUACUUUGAAGACGUGGUGGUGCAGAUGUUAUGCUCAGAGGUGAAAAAGCCUGUCAACCUUUGCAAGCCCAACCCUUGCAUGAAUGAUGGAGUUUGCCUCUUGUCAGAAGGAAGUUUCCACUGUCAGUGUCGAGGCUUUGAAGGACCUCACUGUGAAACACGAAACACUAAGAGCAGAAGGCAGAAGAAGAGUCACCAGGAGCUCAUUCAUCACUACAAAGUGCACCGCAGGAGACAUGCAGCCUAAAAGUGCACAUUUUUGCAGUACGGUACAAAUACAUCUACUUAUUAUGGACGCUUGCAGGUGAACAAGUCAGUCAUGUCUCAUUUAAAUGGGGUUAAUAGUGCUACUUCUUGUAUUUUUGUCAUUUUCUCAAUUUGAACUGUUAGUAGUUUGACUACACUUUAUACUCACAUUGUUUCCUUUGUUAUAUACUUGUUAUAUCACAUUAUGGGAGGUUUAUAAUAGACAAUAUAGACUACGUUUACACUGCAGGCCAGAGUUGCCCAAAUCGGAUUUUUUCCAGCUAACUCCAAGUGUAACGCGCACAGGCCCCAAUGUGGCCUCAACGUCACUUGCUUGCGCAGUUCGAUAAAGUGAAAACAAAGGAAGUUGGCCAGAUUCCGUAAAUGAACAAGCAAGUUGCUACUACUACCAUAAAAUAGAAGUCGCCACAGCUUAAAAAUAAGUGUUUUUUUAUAUGAAAAUAAAUUUAAGUAAUACAAUGUAUGAAUGGAUAUAUAGUGUAAUAUAUUUGGGAAGGUUCUAAUCUUUUUGUGGCUGUUAGGUAGAAGAGGCACGGACAUCAGCGUGGAUGUAUGUUAGCUUUAUUUUUCAACUCACUUAUGUAAACAACAUGGACAAUGUACGUAACAUGUAAGCAAAUACAACACAGCGUCAAUUCCUGUUCUUCAACAAUCGCUAUUUCGUCGGAAUUAAAAUAUAUAUAUAUACAGUAUAUAGAUAUGUGUAUCAUAUAUAUAUAUAUAGAUAUGUGUAUAAAUCUGUGUGUGUGUAUAUAUUCUAUGUAUGUAUGUGUAUGUGUAUGUGUGUGUGUGUGUGUAUAUAUAUUACAUAUAGACUAUUAUUUGCACACUAUUGACUAGUGAUGCACCAAAAAUUUGGGUGCCAAAAAAAGACACGGAAAUUGUAUGUUGUGAUGACGUAUCCGCUUCCGCUGGCGGGCUGCGUCUUUCUCCGCGCAAUCAAAUGAUGUCGCUUAACUUAAGAUUUGUGUCGCAUUUCUGUUUUGACUGAAGUCACAUUUGAAAAGAUCAGAUUUUAGUCGGAUUCAGACUACCUACCGAUGUGAUCGAAUCUGAUGCAAAAAGAUCAGAUUUUAAGCCCUUUGGAGCGUUAAAACCAGAUCCGUGUCACUUCAGGGCAUAAAAAUCUGAUUUUGUAUGCAGUGUAAACAGGGCCAUAGACUCAUCAAUAUUUUUUAUUAGGCACACACUGAAUAUUAUUUGUAAAAGUCACAUUUUUGUUACAGCUCUUGUUUAGGAUCCUGUUGUGUAAGCAGUACUGAUAAAAUACACUUGUCAGCUUUUUUAUUAAGAGUAAAGUGAGCUAAUGUUUGCAGCCACUUUGUUGUAUUAUCUAUGAUUUCUUUCUUUAACCCUAAAAAAACCCUAAUGGGCCCUAAUGGCAAAAAAUGUCAGUCUUCC